GACUGAUGAACGCUCGGAGAUGUUUGCGCUCCUGCUCGUCUGUGGGAUCCUGUUUGCUCAAGCUCAGGGUUGGUCUGAGCCGCGGAUCAGACUGAACUCUGGAGCUCCGGUUGGUACGGAUGUGAUUCUCGACUCCGGUUCUCCUCUUCAUCUGAUCUGUGAAGGUGACGGUCCAGUCACAUGGUUUCCCCGACUGGCCAAACAGAAGCGUUUCAUCUCCAAGGAAAUCGGAAAUGUCCGGAGUUUCUAUGUGGAUAUAGCCACGGCGGAUUUUACAGGAACUUAUAAAUGCAUCUAUAUGAACGGAAAUGAUUCAAAUGAGUCAUCUUCGGUUCAUGUGUUUGUCAGGGAUCCCCGAAUUCUCUUCGUCUCACCCAGUACGUCUCUGCGUUAUGUACGGAAAGAAGGUGAAGAUCUGACGCUUCCGUGUCUUCUGACCGACCCCAACGCCACAGACUUCACCUUCCGCAUGGAUAAUGGCUCAGCGGUGCCCUACGGCAUGAACGUGACCUUUGACCCCAGAAAGGGCGUCCUGAUUCGCAAUGUUCAUCCUGGAUUUAACGCCGACUACAUUUGCAGCGCUAGAAUCAAAGGGGUUGAGAAAGUGUCGAAGAUAUUCUCAAUAAACAUCAUUCAACGAUUACGUUUUCCACCGUACGUGUUUCUGAAGAGAAGCGAGUAUGUAAAACUGGUGGGAGAGAAAUUUCAGAUCAGCUGCACCACAAACAACCCCAACUUUUACUAUAACGUCACAUGGAUGCACUCCUCUAGAAAGCUGCCCCGUGCAGAAGAGAAAUCGAUGAUGGAAGGGGAUCGGUUGGCCAUCGAGAGCCUCCUGAUCAUACCAGCUGUUCAGUUGUCUGAUUCGCCAACAAAACCCGUAGCGACGGUGAGAUGGGAGAAUGUCACGACUCUGUCAUGCAGGUCUUAUGGAUAUCCAGCUCCCAGCAUCCUCUGGUAUCAGUGCACAGGAAUCAGAACCACCUGUCCAGAAAACUCCACGGGACUUCAGCCCAUCCAGACUCAGACGCUGGCGUUACAGAAGGAGCCGUAUGGGUCGGUGGGUGUGGAGAGCGUGCUGAGCGUGCUGAGCGUGGGACCGUCCAACCAGAGGAUGACCGUGGUGUGUGUGGCCUUCAAUCUGGUCGGACAAGGCAGCGACACCUUCGCCAUGGACGUCUCUGAUCAGCUCUUCACAAGCGCUAUGUGUGGAUCAACAGUCGCCAUGGUGGUUCUAGCGCUGCUGCUCAUCUUCAUGAUCUACAAGUACAGACAGGUGAGUUCAUCUCAGCUUAUGUGGAAAAUAAUGAUCUGGAGAGAUUCCGUAUGAAGAAAAUGGUCUCUGAUCUCUUAUCAGGUGUUCUCCAAAAACGAGAAAUGGGAGUUUCCUCGAGACAAACUAAAGCUCGGAAAGACUCUGGGAGCAGGAGCUUUUGGGAAGGUGGUGGAGGCCACGGCGUACGGCCUGGGCGAAGAGGACAAUGUCACACGUGUAGCUGUCAAAAUGCUGAAAGCCAGUGCUCAUCCAGACGAGCGAGAGGCUCUGAUGUCCGAGCUGAAGAUCCUCAGUCAUCUUGGGCAGCACAAGAACAUCGUGAACCUGCUGGGCGCCUGCACACACAGCGGUCCUGUGCUGGUGAUCACAGAAUACUGUUGUCAUGGUGAUCUUCUGAAUUUCCUGCGUAACAAAGCUGAGAACUUCCUGAACUUCGUCAUGAUGAUUCAGACUCCGGUGAUGGAUUAUAAGAACGUCGACACUGAACGAAUGUUUUUCAGAAGUGACAGUGGGAUUUCCAGCACCUGCUCUGAUCAAUAUCUGGACAUGAGACCGGUCUCAUCCAGACCCACUAACUCAGCUCAGACUUCUUCUUUGGAUUGUGAGGCUGAAGGUUCGUGGCCGCUGGACAUAGACGACUUACUCAGAUUCUCAUAUCAGGUGGCGCAGGGACUCGACUUCCUCUCUGCUAAAAAUUGCAUCCACAGAGACGUGGCGGCCAGAAACGUCCUCCUCACCAACAGCCGAGUGGCCAAGAUCUGUGAUUUCGGUCUGGCGCGAGACAUCAUGAACGACGCCAACUAUGUAGUCAAAGGAAACGCGCGUCUUCCAGUGAAGUGGAUGGCUCCAGAGAGUAUUUUCGACUGCGUUUAUACGGUUCAGAGUGACGUCUGGUCUUACGGGAUCCUGCUGUGGGAGAUUUUCUCACUGGGUAAGAGCCCGUAUCCCAACAUACUGGUGGACUCCAAGUUUUAUAAAAUGAUCAAAUGUGGCUAUCAGAUGUCCAGGCCUGACUUUGCACCUCCAGAGAUGUACACCAUCAUGGAGAUGUGCUGGAACCUGGAAGCCGCUGAGAGACCAACAUUCAGUAAGAUCAGUCAGAUGAUCGAGAGGAUGCUGGGAGACACAGUUGAUCCACAGGAGACACAGUACCAAAAUGUCCAGUCAAACGCACACGGUGACGAACAACUAGAGUCAUGUGACUCUGUGAAGCAUGAAGAUGAAUCAUUUGAGACGUCUUGUGACCAGGAAGAAGAAGAUCAGCCGCUCAUGAAACCCAACAACUACCAGUUCUGCUGAGGGCCUAACUAACCAGCUAACUAACUAAUGCGGGAUCUUCUGUCUGAACAUCAACAAUAGUUGCACAAUCCGUCCACAAUCACAUGCAUGUGAACAAAGAACUGAUCUGUCGCCAAACACGCUCACCGUGUGAUUUUACACGCUCUGCUUUUGUAGUUCUGCUCGCUUGAAAUCUCGUAAACAGUCUUGAACUCAUCUGCAGAGUUGAAGCGUGUUUAAAUGAACCAGUUUCACUUCUCGGCAAAGUCGAAAACCUCCAAACCUCGGAUUUGUUUGUCGUCUGAUGUGCCUUUUUGGUAACCGUGCGUCUUUUUUGUUACUUGUACUUCUCUGUUGCCCAAGUUGGAAAGCAGCUUGUUCAGCGUUUCAAAUGCAAACGCUGCAUGUUCCACUUCCACUUCAUACUUGAUCUGCGUGUCAGUCGUGCUUCUUUCUUUAAAGUAACUGAAAAUGAACACAGACACACGUAACUCUUUUUGUGCAGCUAAAAUAACUGGAGCCGAAUGACACCGGUUAGGGGCGCUGCUAUGGUUUCUGGGCCCCCUGAACAGCAUAUUGACUCGGGGCCCCCUCCACGAUCGCGUUCCGGUGGGGGAGCAGCGUUGGGUGGGUGUUCGCGUUCCGGGCCCCCUCUCCCUCGGCGGGCCCUUGGAAUUGGCCUAACCUUCCCCCCCAUUUACAGCGCCCCUGACACCGGUACCCUUACACAUUCAAGCUAUAAAUGGCCACAUUCUUAUGUUAAAAAUAAAGUGUAUACUACAUAGCCCCGCACAUGACAUGCAAGAAAAAAUGUAUA